CCAUUCCAAAAUAAACACAAACCAAAAAAGAUGGAUGUAGCCAAAAUGGGAUUCGACCCAUUAUUUCUAAACGCCCUCCACGACCUUCUGGACUUCUCCGACGAGCCAGGGCAGAGCAGCCACCAUGCGCCGUCACGAGCGUACCUGAGGGACGCAAAGGCGAUGGCAGCAACUCCAGCAGACGUGGUGGAAUAUCCAAACUCUUACCAAUUCACCAUCGACAUGCCUGGCCUGAAAUCAGACCAAAUAAAGGUGAAAGUAGAGGAUGGCCAAUUGGUUGUGAGCGGGGAGAGGAAGAGGGAAAGUGAGAAAGUUAAGGAAGGGAAGUUCGUGAGAAUGGAGAGGAGACUUGGAAAAUAUUUGAAGAAAUUUGAGCUGCCGGAAACCGCCGACACUGACAAAAUAUCGGCGGCGUACCAGGACGGAGUGCUAUCGGUCACGGUGGAGAAGAAGCCACCGCCGGAGCCCAAAAAGGCUAAAACUAUCGAGAUUCAUGUGGCCUGAGGAUUGUUUCUUUGGGUUUUGUUAUGUAAUGUAAUAGUAAUGCAGCUUUGGCACGUUUUUAUGUUUCUUUGCUUUUGAGGUUUGUGUGUAUUUUGGUUUGUUGUCUUUGUCUAGUGGCGUAUCUAAAAAUUUACCGUCAACUCUUUAAACCUAUACUAAAUAAAUUUUGUAAUUUGUGUUAA